UAGCGGGUCGCGGUCCCGCUCGGCUCCGUUAGGCUCGGCUCGCGCGCGGCGCGGCCGUUGCCGCUGCCCGGUCAGUCAGUCAGGUAGGAGGGUGGGAGCGGGCGUCACCUCCCGCUGGCUUCAUCCCGCCCGGCUCCUUCUCCUCAGCGCUGAAUCGUCGCGGGGCGAGGGCAUCCCUGAGGGCUGCGCCUUUCGUCUGGGACGAAGUGGCGCUUCGGGGGCUGGAGGCGCGCACGGAGGCGCGGGGGGACGUGCCUGGUGCGGGUAAGCGCGGUGGGAAGAUUGAGUAUUCCCCUGAAAAGACCACAAGUUUAAUCUGAAAUCCUUCCCAUCCAGGAUCUCGAGAAUUAGCAAGAAGCAAGGACCAUUUGGUCAAGUUUGGAGGUAGUUGUUGCUGGUUAUAUACAAGGCUGGUUCCAGAUGUGCACAAACCUAGAUUUGCAUUUGUGGCCCCAGUGGUGGUGUAAGCCAUGAAGUUGUACUUCAUAUAUGGCGUGUGUCCAAUUUUACCUUUACAGUGACUCGGUUUGAAAGUGGCAUAUUGAAGCUGUUUAUUAGCACAGAGAAGUUUAGGUUGGAAGGGACCUCUGGUGGUCAUCUGGUCCAACCUCCUGCUCAAAGCAUGUUCAACUAGAUCAGGUAUAUAUUGAGGUGCAAGAUGUCUGCCCUGAGGCUGAUUUCUAACAGAACCUCCCAGCAGGCCUUGUCUAACUCUGAUUACACCUGGGAGUACGAGUACUAUGAGUAUGGACCAGUGUCGUUUGAAGGCCUGAAGGCUCAUAAGUAUUCCAUUGUGAUUGGAUUUUGGGUUGGUCUUGCAGUUUUUGUCAUCUUCAUGUUUUUUGUCCUGACCCUGCUGACGAAGACAGGAGCACCACAUCAAGACAAUGCAGAACCCUCUGAAAAAAGAUUUCGCAUGAAUAGCUUUGUGGCAGAUUUUGGAAGACCUCUAGAGUCGGAGAGGGUCUUUUCUCGUCAAAUGGCUGAAGAAUCCCGGUCACUUUUUCAUUUCUGUAUUAAUGAAGUGGAACAUUUGGACAAAGCAAAACAAAGUCAGAAGGGUCCAGGUCUGGAGAGUAAUAUCCACUUCCAGGAAGUUCCUGGGAGUGGUGGAAUGUUUGAGGAGGACCUGAAUUGUCUUACAAAAUUUAACAUUCCGAACUUUGUGAACACUGAGCAGAACUCUUCACUAGGUGAGGAUGAUCUCCUCAUCUCAGAGCCACCAAUCAUUUUAGAAAGCAAAUUGGUCAUGCAAUCUUCCCAUCGGAUCCUUGACUGAAAAGUCUUACUUUAAGGUAAACAUUCCCGUUGUUGUCCAGUUUGAAGCCUUUCUUGGCCUUCUGGUAUCUUGAUAGAAGGUAUUUCAGACCUGUGCUUUUUAUUGUAUGUAAGACUGGCUGUGCUGACAGAACUCAAGUUUAGACAAGAAGUAAAAUACUGGAUGCUUUAUUCUGAUGCCUUCUGUGGUCUAAACCUUUUGCUCAGCAUUAUUUUUGCUUCCUGUUUUUUUGUUUUGAUUUGUUCUUUGUUUUUUAAAUGUCCAGCUUCUGAAGGAUACCAUAAUAAUUUGUGGGGACUGUGAAGGCUGGCACUGGGAGGUCUAUGAAAACUCCUCAGCCAAGAAAAGUGUAAACCUCAAAUUAAGACUGAAGCAAAGAAUAAACAGGCAGCCCUGUGGAUGUUCUGCAGCUCCUGCCACUCCCAAAAAGGACACCUGAAACUAAGCAGCACAAUGGAUAUCUGCUUGGCAUGAACUUUAGCUUCUGAUUCCUAACUGCUAUUUGGUGCAGGUUAAACCAAACUUACAAAACUUCUAGAGGGAAUAUCUUGCAUGUUAAAUUGAUUGGUUACAGUGUUUACAAAAUACUACCACCACCUGCUGCUGACUAAAAGCAAAUUGGUGCCUGUAAUUACCGUACUUCAGAGUGAUACUCUGACAGCUGCCCAGUGAUCAGCUGGAAUUAGUAUUCUACACACAAACAGUAAUUUGAUUUUAUUUUUUUUUAAUUGCUGAUGUAAACUUCCAGUCUGGUAAGUGCAGGAUUCAGUAAGUCAAUCACAGGAUAUCAGAUAAAAACUAUUCUUCUUUUGCCAACAGAGUUACUAUAUGCAAGUGGUGGUGGUAUGCUAAGCUGGUGUUAUGCUUUGCUUAUAGGCUGAACCUUCUUAUGCUUUUUGGCUCUGUUAACGGCCCUUUUUUGACCAGCGGGCCAGUGAAGGACUAGCAGGCUCUGAGUUGAGAGGAUCAGCUCCAAAAGCAUAGCUGAGCUGCACUUGCUCUGUCUUCUUUUUGUACUCGGGAUGGUGUUGCAACCACAGCUGUUCUCCCAGGAAAAGGUUUGUUAAGGAAUUGAAUAGGUGUAAUUUUAACCUUUAAUUUUUUUAAGAGAAGGAAUAAGCUUCUGAACCUUAGCCAAUACUUAAAUUAUGUUUCAGCUUUCUUCAAGAGAUGGGUAACUAAUGACCAAAUUUUAGAGCAAGCACACAGGAUGCAGAGGAACCAGGUUCAAAUCCUUUGCUGGAUUUGGAGUAAGAGUGCUCUGCAGGAAGUUCUUAACUGAAAUGAAACUAAUGGAUUCCAGAUCCUGUGCCUAACUGGGUUUUCUUGAAACUAACCUGCUUUGUAUGCAGGUUUGUGUCACAGUAAAAAUGUAGCAAUGGCCUGCUGAUAACAUUCUUCAGACACCUAAAUGCAGAUGAAUUCAUUCUUCCUUCACCUGGCAACUAGAAAAAAAAGCGAAUGGGUUGUGUGUUUAAAGAACACAAGGAGUGGGGGAAACCUCGUUUUCAUCUCCUGUACCCUUAUUAUAAACCACUUAUACCUCCAUUUCCUGUUUUCAAAUGUAAUUCCUGCACUACUUCCUGGUGUUUAAACUAAUGGGAUUAUACUUAAAGCAAAGCAGACUGUUUAAAACUAGCAGAUUAUUGUUGAAAAUAGUUCCCAAGAGAAGACAGGAGUGAACCCUGUUAUAAAUGAGCAUAGCUGUAUGGGUUGCAACGUAGGUCUCCAGUAUUCUUCUUCAGGUGCAGAAAAGGUUGCCUUUUACAGUAAGUACUUAACCACAACUAUGAAUGCUGUAGCUGUGGACUUUCCUUUUCUCUUCGCAAAUCAAGAAAUUUGGGAAAUCUGCCUUCUGAAUGUGGCAACUGCUUCCUGCUGAGGCACCUCAAACAACUGUUAGCUAUCUGAUGGCUAAGUGUUUUCUGAACUGAAGCUCAAUACUGCUCUUGCUAACAAGCUCUGGGACUUACACUAAAUGUGGCUUUUAUAGCCUAUUUCUGGAUGAGAAAGUUGCCUUCAGUGAUGUUUGAUCCAUUCUUUUUCAAUUUUUUUCCUCUGCUAUGCUUGAAAAUAGAAAUGCUGCUUAAAUGAGGGGAAUAUUUAUGUAGAAUCCAUCUCCUGCAAUUGAGAAAUGAAGCUUAAAGCAGUUAAAACUAGGUUUCAAAAUAAUGCAGGUCUGGUUUUAGAAGAAGAAAAGCUUGAUCUUCCCAGUGGGUUAACCUAAGCUUUUCUUCUGCCACCUUAAAUCUUUGCGGCUGUUGUUUGAGUCUGCUUUUGGGAGAAAGUAUUCACGUGUAUGGAUGCUGGUGACACUUAACGCCUAGAUGAAAGGUAUUUAAUCAAAUGAUCAAGGGAUAGUACCAAAUUCACUUACAAUACAUUUUAAUUGUAUUGUUAGUGUCCUCCUGAAGCAUGUAUUAAUCCUGUAAAGGUAUUUAAGCAUUUGGUUCCUGCUUCUGUUCUUUCCUGAUAGUUCUACUUUUUCCAUCUUAUCUCCCUUCUAUCUCUAAAGCCCUUCAUGCUGGUUUUUACAGCAAAGUAGCCUUGCAGUCAGUCCCCACGGCACAGCUCCCACAUGACUUCAGAAGCACUGUGGCAACAAUACAGUCUGAUCCAGAUUUGCAAAGGCAAACACAGAAACUUUCUGUGGUCUUCAAAAGCAGUUAUUUUAAAGCUGUUCGUUCUUUUUCCUUUUUAAGAACUAAUAGACGCAAUGUUUUGCCUGAGGGGAAAAAAGGGAUUGGUAUAAUAACCAGCUUUGUGUAACAUGUUUAGAAAAAUUCAGCUUUUCCCAGAAAACCAGUAUGACUUGGUUUGCUAUGAAGUGAAUAGAAAGUGUUUUGACCAGGGUAAUCCUUCAAAAUGAAUACUCGCAAUUUAAUGGUGUUUGAAAAUGGAAUUCACAGAAUCACAGAACAGUAGGGGUUGGAAGGGACCUCUAGAGAUCAUCUAGUCCAACCCCCCUGCUAAAGCAGGAUCACCUACAGCAGGUUACACAGGAUCGUGUCCAGGUGGGUUUUGAAUAUCUCCAGAGAAGGAGACAGAUCUCUUCUCAGUCUUCUCUUUUCUAGACUAAACAGACUCAGCUCUCUCUGCUUUUCCUCUUAAGAGAGAUGUUCCAGUCCCCUCAUCAUCCUCAUAGCCAUCUGCUGGACUCUCUCCAGUAGUUCCCUGUCUUGAACUGGAGAGCCCAGA